AUGGAAGUGUUCCCUACUCAACUGACCACAGCUGAGAAGACCAUCAAUCUUCUCAGACACCUGUUCGCAUCCUUUGGACUAGUCAAGGAGCUCGUAUCGGACAAUGGCCCUCCUUUCACGUCAAACGAUUUUGAAAUGUUUCUCAAGAACAAUGGAGUAAGGCACAUCCUGUCACCACCUUACCAUCCGGCAUCAAACGGAUCAGCGGAGAGAGCCGUGCAAACCUUUAAGAAGGCCUGGACUAGACUCGAGGUCCAGUCUGUGCCCACCCACCAAAGGCUUCCCCGGUUCCUGUUUACUUACCGUAACACACCACACACAGUAACGGAAUGUACACCAGCUGAACUGUUUCUGAGACGCCAACCACGUACCCGCCUGACAUUGUUGAAACCAGACUUGUCAAGCACUGUGGCAAAGCACCAGCUACAGCAGAAGAAAGCUCAUGACAGACACUCAAAGACUGUCAGAGAAUUCAAAGAGGGAGAGAUGGUGAUGGUACGUGAUUUCAGACACCCCAAGAGCCUGUGGAACCCAGGUGUGAUCUUGCAACGCAAAGGGCCUUUGACUUACCAAGUCCAAAUUGGUCAUCGCCAGGUCAACGUUCAUGUGGAUCAUCUGCUACGGUCCAACGCCCCAGCAGAGACACGGCGAGAGAACAAUAAUGACUCCCAGGACUAUUCUCCUGACUGUGGACGUACGGGAGAGACAGAGCCUGACCUUCCACCCGAACCUGGCCCAUCACCGGAAGCCCAGGAGGAGCGGAGAUAUCCUAUUCGACAGCGAAAGGCACCUCAAAAGCUUGACCUGUGAGUUGAGCUGUUUAAGGUAACAGACAGUAAAACAAACAAACACUUUAAUAUGUCCUAGAUAAAAGGAAAGAAAAAGGACAUUACCUGGGUUAGUUAUUAGGACACAAACUCCAUCUUCGGGGCAGAAUAAUCCCCUGGAUUUGUGCUGGGCUCUGAAAAGUCUGCUUCAACCCAGUAGUUGAAAAAUGUUAAGAAUGCAUUGUUCAGAUAUUGCAUUAGUAGUUCCCUAACAUAUUUACCUUGUUCUCUGGGAGUUAAACACUAUGGGGGAGGAGUGUAGUAUCUGGGAUCUACAUCUGUUUAUAUUAGUUACUAUGCUGUUACUAAGCAGUGAUGUAUUACGACAGUGUACGUUACUACACCUAAUAGGAAAUGCACAUGCGCACUAGUGUGCCCGGGAAAACUGUAGAGCACGAGAGGUUUUGACUAAACGAAAACUGACUGUA